AUGGAAGAACUGUCACAUUGUGGAAGAACUAUGCCAGAAUCUCUUAGAGUUCCUUAUUGUCUUGCAUCUGAUCUAGAGAUUCCAAGGGCAGGAGAGAUAAAACCUGCAACCUACAGAAAAACGCAACCAAUCAAGAGAAGUGGAAGAUGUCAGAAAACCCCCAUCCAACUCACAGAUGCCAUAAACUGGCCAAAACAAUCAAGGAAAUAUUUAUUAAGUGUAGAAGCCAUCAAUAGAAGAGGUACACAGAAUGAGAGAACAAUACCAAAUAGUGCUCAGAAUGAAGCUAAAUAUGUACAGCGGAUAGAACCAGAAUACCUAGAGCCAAAGGGAAAGUGGGUCGAUUUACUUAGGGGGAGAAAGAGCGAGAGAGGACCUCAAACAGAGAAAAACGACUCUGUGAAGACAGCAAGCUUCCCUGAAACCUUCAAGCCAUAG